UAAAACAAAGUUGAAACAACUUUAUAUUAUUAGAAAAUACACAGCAAAAUCACAGACAAAAAAAGAAGAGAAAAAAAAAGAAGAAAAAGAAGAAGAAUAAGGAGAAACAAGCUCACACAUAAUCUCAAUUCAUCUUCACGCCCUUUCUUGUUUUUCAUAGGACAAAUAUAACAACUAAUAGAAUGUCUCCAUCAAUGAAAUCAAAAUCCAAGUCCAAGGAGAAGGCUUCUGCAAAGGCUUCUAAGGAACAACACAAGACUUCUCCAAAGACUUCUGGAUCUGCUAAUGAUGCGAGCAGUGUUCCCUCUAUCGCGAUCGAUCCUAUCCUGGAAACUGUUCCAACCCUAGAAACGUCGUUGGUUGAUUCUUCUGCCAUAGUUAACAACAGUCAAUUCCCAAAAAUAAACGAUAUGGAUGAGCAUUCUAAUAGUCCACAAGGUACGGUGUCUGAGUACGAUUCGGUUUCUAAUAAUGGCAGCUGUUCUGGUGAAUCAGAAGACACUAAAGAGAAAGUUGCAAACUCCUCGACCCGGUUGGAUAUCAUACCUGGUUGUGAUAACGACAGAAGGGAUAAGAUCCGCCUGAAGAAUGAGAGGAAGCACCAAAGGCAGAGGGAAAGGAGAGCUCACGAGUUGCACGACCGGUGCGGUGCCUAUCUAAUGUCGAGGAAGCUUGAAAACCUUGUGCAGAAGUUAGUCGCGAUGGGAUUCUCUUCUGAGCGAGCGACACUGGCUUUGAAGUUAAAUGAAGGCAAAUUAGAAGAAUCGAUAUCGUGGCUGUUUGAAGGAAGUGAAGCAAAGGAUACUACCAACGUUGUAAGCGAGAGUAAUUUGAAAAUCGACAUAAGUGAAGAGCUUGAGCAGAUUUAUGCUAUGGAAGUGAAGUACAAUUGUUCGAAACAAGAAGUUGAAAGAGUAGUUGUUGCAUGUGAAGGCGAUCUUCAGAAGGCUGAAAGUACCUUAAAAUCUCAGAAGCAAGAAUCUCCUGUAAAUCAGUCAGAAGAUUCUUCUCAAGAUAAUAAUUUGAUGAGAUCUCAUGGAUUACAAGCAGCUUCAGUUUCAAUUCAGCAGAGAGGGAAUGAAAGUGAUUUCAACUAUUACAAUGUUUGCGGUGCUGAUUCUAUGUUCCAAGAUCCCAAAAGUAGAAAUCAACAGGCUCUACACAUGGAUCAUCAAAAUGAACUGGCACAGAAAAGAUGGGGUGUUAGUGUUGCUGCAUCAAAUCCUUCCAAUAUGUUAACUAUGUCACAGUCCAUGCAAGCAAUCUCUCCAUUUGUUAAAAUGGAAGCGCAGCCUAGCGCAUAUAGGAAUGAAGGAAGAAUGAUUCAUCAAGGAGUAGGAAGGGAGCAGGUAGUGAUGAUGCAGCACUCGCAAUUCGCAGACGCGAAACAGAAUUAUCUGAAUUCUAUGAAUUCCAUACCUUCAGGAACAUCUGGUUGGUAUGUAAAUAGUGUUCCGGCAUAUGAAAAUUCGAGGUCAAACGGGAAUUUCCUACUACAAAAUCACAACACUGGAAAUGUCAGUGCGGAUCGCUUGCAGCAACUUUGCCAAGCUCCUUACAAAGAAUAUUCCCAUGCAUUCGGACCAGUAGAUUCCUCAAUCUCAUCAUCUGGAAUGGGAGGUUUCUAUAAACCGAUGGUUGCAUCGUCGCCUUCGCAUACAAUGUCUUCUCACUCUCAACAUCAUGGUUCGUGGAACACUGGCGCCGCAUCUUCACCUGCACUUACAGUUCCGCCGUCUCUCGGCCUAUUUUGUGGGCAUCAGAAUCCAUCGGCUAGAUCACUCAACUCACAUUCACGUGUGGAUUGGAAUACCGGGGGCAUGGUACAAGAAUUCGACUACAACAGUAUAGAUUGGAGUUUGGAUUGCCCGGCGUCAUCAAGAUCAGGUGAUGUUUGGCUAGGGAUCUCAUCAUUGUUGAGAAACGGAGCCGGGAAUAGGAUGGCCACCAAUUCUUACAUGUCUGGAUCACGAAAUGUUGGCACGGCGAGGGAAACUUCGUCGUCUGCUGGAUUAAGAGAUUGGACCACACCUUUUGCUGGAAAGGAUAUAUUCAGUGUUCCAAGGCAGUUUGUUACUUUUCCUCCGCUGUAGUUAUUAAGAGAACAUAAUGGGGAUGUCUUGAUGGUUGUUUCUGUUUUUCCAGUGAAAUUCAUCUUCUGAUUUGUGGUUUAUGAAUGUUUUUCCAUUUACUCAUUAUAUUUUUCUUCUCUUCA